CUGUGAGACUCAUGCAAUGAGUAAUGCGUCUUUACCCGGUCUCUAACUUCCGCAGCAUGAAAACGCUAACAUUUGGGCUGACCCUUGUUCGACAUGGGGAAACUCAGUACAACAAAGAUGGUCUGCUGCAAGGCCAGGCUAUAGACGCACCUUUGUCUGAGGCUGGGCUGCAGCAGGCAGAAGCUGCAGGGCGAUACCUCGCCAAUGUCAAGUUCACCAGCGUGUUUGUUAGCAACAUGCUGCGGGCAAAACAGACCGCCGAAACAAUAAUGAAGCACAACAGUAGCUGUUCCGCUCUAGAAAUGGUGUGUGACCCUCUGCUUAUAGAAAAGAGCUUUGGGAUAGCUGAAGGGAGGCGGUUACAGGAGCUCAAAGACAUGGCCGAGGCGGCUGGUCAGACGUUUCCAGGCUUCACACCUCCGGGAGGAGAGACGCAGGAGCAGGUGAAGGAGCGGUUCAAAGAGUUUCUGGAGAAAAUGCUUCAGCAAAUUGGGGCCGAACACUUCAGCGAGAGAGGGCAGGACGAAUCGUCGUUACCUGCUCCGUCACAGGCGUCUCCUACUGAGGGGAAGGCCGACGACGGGGUCAAGGAUAUCCCCGUCCAUGCUUUGGUGGUCACCCAUGGGGCUUACAUGUGCGUGGUGGUGCGCUACUUUGUGGAGGAAUUGCACUGCCGCUUACCUCAGGGUUCUGAUAACGCACACGUGUUCUCUCUGAGUCCUAACACGGGCCUUUGUCGGUUUAUAGUAACCGUGAGAAAACAAGACGACGAGUUCAUAUUAUCAGGGAUCCGCUGUGUUUUUAUCCACAGAGGGGACCACGUGAAACACAGAUCGUGACCUUUUACGUCCUUUUCUUAGGGUUCAUUUAAACAGUAAUUAAAGCACCUUCGCUCAGCCUCGGAUCGUUUGUGUUGCAGGAAAUUUCAUCAUCACGUUGUUAUUGUCUGGCUGUUCAUUACUACGUACGUGGGCGACUCUGUGGUUUAGUGAGGCCUCGUUUCUAAAUUUAUCCUGUAGGGGUCCAGAAAUCUGCAUAGGAACUCGGAGUAGUGUUUACUUUUUGGAAAUCAGUUACUUUUCCAUUGUUGUGAAUUAACACUUGAGUCAACAAGGACAAACGAAUGUUACGAAUGAACAGUCGCUCUGUUGCUGUUUUUCAGUCCACACAUUUAUUUAGAGUAAAAACUGCUGUUGCUUAGAUAAAGGAGUCUGUGACGUGUGCAACUACUGAACCAAACAGUAGACGACGAAUAAUUUACUGAUGUAAAAAUGUACGUUUGCAUCUGUGACGGUUCU